CUAGUAACACGGUGCACUAUAUAUUUUAUACUUCUGGUUAUAACCAAAAAAUAUUUUUGUGGAUGACGUUUAGUCGUAGAAAUCUUUUGAGCUUGAUUGACGUAUAACUUAAUUAUUCUUUAUUUAAUGUCUGCAUAUUUCACACAUUAUAUCGGACACAUACUGAUAAAAUGGAAACAAUAUUUCAUGAAAAGCAAGAAGGGUAUUUAUGCGCGCAACAUUGUUUAAAUGCACUUUUGCAAGGACCCUAUUUUAAUGCAGUAGAUCUCGCUAGUUUUGGUCAUGAACUGGAUAAAGAGGAAAGAAUGAGGAUGGCAGAAUCAGGUGUUGAUAGUGAAGAUUACAGACUUUUUCUAGAGCAACCGUCAGGAAAUAUGGACGAUAGCGGAUAUUUUUCUGUUCAAGUUAUUAGUAGAGCAUUGAAAGUUUUGGAAUUAGAACUAGUCCCAUAUAAUAGUACAGAAUCUGCAGCAUUGAUGGCACGGAAAGAUCCUUCACAGAUGAAAGCGUACAUAUGUAAUUAUAAAGGCCAUUGGUUUACUAUACGGAAAAUUGGGAAACAGUGGUUCAAUUUAAAUUCAAUGCUAAGUGGACCACAACUUAUAUCAGAUACUUACCUUGCAAUGUAUUUAACUCAAUUGAUACAAGAUGGUUACUCUAUCUUUGUCGUUAUUGGUACACUUCCUCAAUGUCCUGCAGACGAUGCGCUUAUGAAGAAUCCAGUAGUGGUUGUACCAAAAGGAAAAGCACCUUUAAAAACAGAAUCGAAAGGUUAUCGUCUGGGUGUUAAAGAAGAAGAUGAGCUUUUAAAAGCUGCCCUUGCUUUGGGAGAAGUAAAAGUACCAAGUCCUUCUAAUUUGUUGAGAAAUACUAGUAUUGUAGAUUCGAAUAUUUAUAAUAAACCAUCAACAUCUAAAGAAGAAACGGUACACAGCAAGCCACAAGAAAGGAUAAUACCUAUAAGGAUUGAAAGUAAAGAAGAAAAUGAUGAUGAAAAUGCAGAAUUGCAAAGGGCGCUACAAUUAAGUUUAGAAAAUAAUAAUAAAGAUGAUAUUGAUGAGUCGGUUAAGUUGAGAUUAGACUUACAUAAUGAGAAAGCAACUCAUACAACAAAUAUAACUAAUGACUCAGAUGAAGAUGAUGAUUUACGAAGAGCUCUUCAAUUGAGUUUAGAAUGUGUCACUGCUCCACCAACACCAGAUCCUGAAGAUUUACGCUGGCGUCGAUUAAAUUAUUUUGGUGUAUACUCAAGACCAUCAAAUACAGAAACAUCCCAAAAACUAAAUUCUUAAUAAUAUGUGCAAAAAUUUAUUUAAUGUUAUUAUCAUUAUUAUUAUUAUUAUUAUUAUUAUUAUUAUUAUUAUUAUAUUAUUGUCGCUAUCAUUAUUAUUAAAGCAAAUUUUAUUUGUAAAUUAUAAAUAACUAGUUACUUUGUAUACUACUAAUGAUGAGGAUCUGAAAAAUGAAUGUAA